UGAAACUGUUCUUUGUACUAUGCACUGCAAUAGAAACAGUUACCUCUCCCCUUUCAGGCAGCUUUCAUUUGUAGUGAGAUUCUCUCCCAGGCCACAAGACACUUCCUGCUUGGAACCUAUUUACUAAUUCCCACAGCUUUUAAGGCCCUGCACUGAAAAUGCAAGCUCAGGCACCGGUGGUCGUGGUUACCCAACCUGGACUCGGUCCUGCACCCCAGAACUCCAACUGGCAGACAGGCAUGUGUGACUGCUUCAGCGACUGCGGAGUCUGUCUCUGUGGCACAUUUUGUUUCAUGUGCCUUGGGUGUCAAGUUGCAGCUGACAUGAAUGAAUGCUGUCUGUGUGGAACAAGCGUCGCAAUGAGGACUCUCUACAGGACCCGAUAUGGCAUCCCUGGAUCUAUUUGUGAUGACUAUUUGGCAACCCUUUGCUGUCCUCAUUGUUCUCUUUGCCAAAUCAAGAGAGAUAUCAACAGGAGGAGAGCCAUGCAUGCUUUCUAGCUUUCUAAACACUGAUGGUGAAAAGUUCUGAUUGAAGCAACAAAAAUCAGCAGACACCUCUUCAGCUUGAGUUCUUCACCAUCUUUUGCAGCUGAAAUAUGAUGGAUAUAUUUAAGCGCAAUUAAUGGCAAGAAAAAAGUCAAAUUUUUGAUUUUUAAAAAAAUGAAUCUUGUCCCUGAGCUUAGCUAAAUGAUCUAGCUUAGUUUCUCCUUGCUUUCAUAUUAUCAAAUUUCCUGGCUUGUAAACUUUUUAAAUUACACUUGAAAUAUAAACCAAAUAAAAGAUUUUACUGACAAGAUU